AUGUCGCACCAUGUUCCCAUCCAAAAAUUUCGACCUCCACCUCCAAAAGAGAGGACUCCGGCUCCAGAUGUGGAAUCAGAGGAGGAGGAGGAGGAGACAAAAGCUGUGUGUGGAGUGGAAGACCUCAAAGAUGGAGAGAUGAUGGAGGUCAAUGUCGGGGAUCAUACCGUCCUGCUGGCACGCUGUGGUGGGGAGUACACUGCCAUUGGCAACCAGUGUACACAUUAUGGAGCCCCACUUAGCAGAGGGGCGAUAUCUGGAAACAGGGUGCGCUGCCCUUGGCAUGGUUCCUGCUUCAACGUGAAGACAGGAGACCUGGAGGAGUACCCUGGGAUGGACUGCCUGCCCUGUCACAAGGUGAAAAUCAAGAACAAAACGGUAUAUGUGUCUGUUAACAAAAAGCUCGCAAGACAAGGGAAGAGAAUAAAGGAAAUGGGAACUAGAGUCUCUGGGGUGCUCCACACUGUGCUUCUUCUAGGGGGAGGGUCAGCCUCCUUGGUCUGUGCAGAGACUCUCCGCCAAGAGAAGUAUGGAGGGAGGAUCAUUAUGGUUACUCGGGAUGACCUUCUUCCAUAUGACAAAACCAGACUGAGCAAGGUUAUGAGUGUGCAAAGUGAUACUAUCCUUCUAAGAAGAAUGGAAUUCUUCCAUCAGUAUGACAUUGAAGUAUGGCUAAGAAAAGAGGCCUUGUCUUUAAAUACAGAGAAGAAAACAGUGACAUUCAAUGAUGGCCUUACUCAGUGUUACGAUCAGCUCUUAAUCGCUACAGGCUGCAGAGCUAAGGAGCUGGACUGCCCAGGUGCACACCUGGAGAACAUACUGAUGCUAGAGACACCAGAGGAUGCCAGACGCAUUCACUAUUCCUGCAUAGGCUGCCAAAUAGUCAUUGUAGGAACUUCUUUCGUAGGCAUGGAAGUGGCAUCUUACAUGACAGAUAAAGCGAUCGGCAUCACUGUGAUCGGCAGCACUGAACUCCCAUAUCAAAGGACUCUGGGCCCAGAGAUUGGCAAGCUCACUAUGAAGAUGCUAGAGGAGAAAGGAGUGAAGUUCUACAUGAACGACAGUGUGACAGAGAUUCGAGGAGAGAAUGGGAAGGUGAAAGAGAUAGUUCUGAAGAGUGGUGUGACUGUACCCGCUAAUGUGCUUAUUGUUGGGAUUGGAGUCAUUCCAAAUUCAGAAUUUCUCAAGGGGAGUCCCAUAGCGUUGGAGCCUAAGAACUAUGUCAUUGUAGAUAAGUACAUGCGGACAAAUGUUACAGACGUCUAUUGUGCAGGGGAUGUGACCUCAUUUCCUCUAAAGAUGGCCAAAGACCACAGAGUGAGCAUUGGCCACUGGCAGCUGUCACAGGCACAUGGGAAGGUGGCUGCCAUGAACAUGCUUCACAAAGAGGUGGAGCUGAACACAGCUCCUUUCUACUGGACUGUCCUGUUGGGGAAAACAAUUCGAUAUACAGGGUAUGGGGAAGGAUACACUGAGCUUGUUGUGAAAGGAAAGUUGGAAGACUUGAAGUUCUUGGCAUUUUAUAUCAAGAAUAACGAGGUUGUAGCAGCAGCAGGGCUGAACUUUGACCCUGCUGUGUCGGUGGUGGCAGAAAGGUUUGCAAUGGGAAAGGUCAUCACAAAAUCAGAAGCAGAGUCAGAUGACUUGAGUUGGUUAAAGCUGCCUGCUCCAUGA